AACCUUUCUUUAAAAUGUUUAAUUGAACAACAUAUAGUUUGUGUUACAUUAAAAUAUAGUGGCAUUCUAAAAAACUAUUAUAUACUUCUUUAUAAUUGGAUUAAAACGAAAUGGAUGAAGGAAAUUCUAAAACUGUAUCAUCGAAAUCACAAUGUAAGUAUAUGGAUCAAAUUUUUUCUACAGAAAAUCCGAAGGAUGAUAAUGAACAUGAUUGGUGGGCAAGUGAUAGUGGAUCAAGUACUGGAUCAUAUUAUUCAGAUACUGAUAGUUCCACAGCAGAGUGGGAAUCAGAAAUUAAUUCUAAUGGAGAACUGAUUUAUAUAGAAUCUGCAAUAGAUAAUAUAAAUGAUGAACAAUUAUUUAAUGAAACAAAACUUGAUUCUCAGCCUGAGUUAAUACGACGUCGAAGUACAAGAGCUGGAAAACUCAUGCGACUUAUAAGGCGUAAGGAAAGCAAACGUUUAAGUACAAGAAAUAAAAAAUGUAAUUUUAAUAUCACAGUAAAUAAUAUUGGAAAUUCAGGAAAAGAAGGAACAACAAUUAAAGAAGUUACUUUCAGAGAUUUUCAAGCAGGUGAAAUUCGUGAAGUUAUAUUAUGGGUUGAUCCAGAUAGACGACAUAAAUUAGGAAGAAGAGCUACAUUAUGUGAGGCUUAUUUUGGAAUUAUUCCAGGUGUUUUUUCAGACAAAACACGUAUUAUGGUUGCUGGAUUCGUACCAGAUGGAGAAGCAAUGAAAAACAGAAAUAUUAAAAUUGGAGACUGGUUACGGAGUGUGAAUUCAAAUAAUGUUACCUAUCAAAAUUUGGAUCACAUAUUAUCUGAAAUCACUGUUUCAACAAAUGUAACAUUAGAAUUACAAAGAGUUGCAGGUGUUGAUGUUACAGCAACAUUAUCUGGAUUAAAUUGCCCUAAACAGUCUGUAUUAGUGCAAAGACUAAUGAAUAAAGAGGAAAGCAAAGAUUUAAUGCAAUCAAUAAUAGACUAUCCACUUGGAAUAUUAUAUUUACAAACCACAGAACUUUCAGAAGUAGGACCUGAAUUGCAAGGUGUUUUAUAUACAUUUCCUCGAACAGAAAAUAAAAAUAUACACUCUAUUUUAUGUACAGCAAGAGGUGCUUUUAUAACUUUAAAUCAUUUACUACCAGGAAUUGGUGGUCUACAACCUACUAGUACGACUAUACAAGUAGCAGAAGAAGAAAUUCAUGUUGUAUAUACACCUCGAAAUGAUGAACUACUUUUAAUGGCAUUACCAAAAAAAUGUUGUAGUCUUGAAGAAGCCAUCAGUUUGUCAGGUGAUAUAGUGAGAACUUUAGAAUUUACAUACCAGUCAUUGACAAAAUGUUUCACACCUGAGGAAAACCAAUCUUCUUUAGAUCAUUUUUUUAUAUUAAUUGUUCAACGAUUAUUGGAUGUAAAAUCUUAUGCCAUCAAUGCAGGGCUGUCCAGUUCUUGUAUGGAAAUUCAUAAUGAUAUUGAGAGUAUGGAAAGUUACAAAUUUAGAAGCACUUUUUCAGUUGCAAAUUUUAUAGAAUUAUCAAGAGAUGCACAAAUUCAAAUUGAUGCUGCUCUGAGUGAAAUGGAAGCCAUGGAUUACAGAGAUUGGAAUGAAGAUCCUAUGGACUGCCAAAGGCUUUACACAAUUUUAGGUAGCUGUAUUUAUCACAAACGUUAUCUCCUUGGAUCUCACUUAACUCACAGUGAUUUGAUUGAGAUAGAAUCUUAUCUUAGACAAAAUUGUAUUUUAAAUUUAAUAAACAAUGAACCUGUGAAGAGUCUUGUUAUCUGGAAAAAAGUGUAUCCGUCUUUAUACAAUCAUAGAAAUAUAGAAAACAACAAAAAUAAUCAACCAUUUGUUCCUAAUGGAAAAUGGUACUUACUCGUUGUUGGGUAUGGACAUGAUUUAUUAGCAGUCCUUUUAGAAUCUGGUGGAUGCACUGCAAAAUGUAGUGACGUUAUUGGUCCAGAUGUAUUUUAUGUAGAAGAAGCUCAAGAAACUUUAAAACAUAUACAAAAGAUAGGUGUAACAACAUUAGCAGCCAAAUGGAUUGCAUCUAAUACAAGACCAGAAGUAAUAACUUAUGAAGAUCCUGUAUCUAUAAAACCAUCAUCUAGUAUCACAGAAAAUCUACUAGGCCUUAUAAAAUCAACAGAUGUACAAAAUUUAACUGCCAAAUCAUCUCAUACUUCAAGUGGUAUUAAAAAAACUCAAGAAAUACCUUCAAUUUUAAAAAAACGUAGUAUGGAAGAAUGUCCUGUCGUAUUAGGAUCAGUAUAUUCUUUACAUACAUCAGAAGAUUCGUUAAGCCAAGGAACUGGUGGAAUUAGUGAAAUAAGUGAUGAAGCAAUGCCUAUAUUAGGAAGACGUGCAACAAGGGAAAAAAUUGUUAGUAGAUCAAGAUAUUCUGAUGAUAGUGAUUCUGAUAUUGAUGUAUAUAAGAAUGACUGCAGAAUGUUAAAUGUGGAUAUAUCUAAUAUAAGAGAAAAUUUAUUAAAUCAAGCUGAAUAUUUAGUACCAAAAGUAUUGACAGUGGGUGAUAAAAAUUAUUUAUUUCAUUAUGUACAUUUAGACAUAGUUGAAGGAAUACUUCUAUCUUCAAAGCCAUUAGAAUAUACAGGAAAAAAUCCUAAUUUUCUUAUUAACUUUAACAAAUGUGUUCAUAUUAUUCACAGAUUAUUACAUAAUACAGUAAGAUUUAAAACAAUGUUAAAUUCAGAUAUGGACAAAACUGUGAUUAAUAAGAGUUUAAUUGCCGUUAAAGAACAUGGUGUAUUAUUUGAAUGGGAAAAUUUAACUUAUUGGGUUGUUGGUCGACUCUAUACAACUCCCCAUCCAAAAGAGUUGUAUGUGUGUUAUCAAGAUUCUGCACCACAAAAUUUAAUUGAAAUAGCAUUUAAAUUACAUUCAUUGCAUACGCUAACAUAA